ACGAAACUUUAAUAAUUAAGUAGUACGACUCAUCGACGAGUCAGUAGGACUCUUGUCUGUGAUCUCGUCAUGCUACGAUUGAAAAAAAAGCAUAAAUCAAUAUUAGAUUAAUGAUGCGAGAGUUAUAGAGUAUUUGUAAAAUGCAUAAUCACGUGAAACACUUAAUUUUUUACGCUUCUCCAUUUUUACAACGUUCUAAGAGUAAUUAUCGCAUGUGACAGCGAAUAGUGUGCGUUUCCGAAUCUUCCUUCAAAUGUUACAAGCGCUAUGGCGAUCGGCUAACGUUGCUUCUCCUGUCUUCGUCUCGUCGGAAUGGAGGCAUCCGCUAAAAUUCCUCUUCCAUUAGAACCUAUAAAGUCGAACCAAGUCGAAGAUAGGCGCUUAUGGGUGGGCAAUUUAGAUUUGAGAAUUAAUGAGUACCAACUCCUGAAACUUGUCCAAAAAUAUGGCACAAUCGAAAAGUUCGACCUGCUGUUUCAUCGGUCGGGACCUCAAGCUGGUCAACCAAGAGGAUAUGCGUUUGUUACCUAUAAAACAAUACAAGAUGCCAAAACAGCAAAAGAUGCUUUACAUAACUUGAAGGUUGGAGCCAAGAAUAUUAUUGUCAGAUGGGCACAUAGUGUCAGCGAGUCGGAAAUGGAUAAGCCAAAACCAAAAAUAGAUAUUCCUGCCUUAGCUGGUGCAAAGAAGGAAGAUAAGAAGAUAAGUCGUGAAACAGCAAUUCAAGCAAUAGAAGCAAAACUCAAACUGAUGAAAGAGUCAGAAGAGGAAUUCGAGUUGAACAAGCCAUUGGAGGGCUCGCCAGUUAUACAUCUUUAUCAGAAAGCGGAAAAUCAAAAACCGUCCACCUCCACGCGCUACCACAGUCGUGGCAGUUAUUACCAUAACAACAAACCGUACAGUCGCCACAAAUCAAGAAGAUAAUUGCUAACCUUUAUACAUCCAUAUUCCUCCUAUUUAACAAUCCAUUUACAUUUGUUUUUUUCGUGAUCAUAAUAUUUAUAUUCAUAUAAUCUACAUUUAAUAUAUAUUGUUCAUCAGAGGCUCUGCUCCGUUCUGUCUUAUUAGGAAAUUUUAUAUAUUUGUGAAAAUCUCUUCAGGUAUUUUAUGAAAUAUGAUACCUAAACUACAGACAAAGCAAAUGCAAACUGAUUCCUAUAAACGAGCAGAUGUAUGAAACAUACUAGAGCUACAAAUAUUUUAAACCGUCGAUGUAACGCUCGAUAUGUAUAAAUUGAUGUAUGUGUAUUUUCAUAAUGUAUGGAGACCUUUUUCUAUAACGAACGCACAUGUGACAAGCUUUGGGACAAAAUAUAAGAUGUAUAAAUUAACUUCCAUCCGUGCUUAUGAAUACACAAAGACAUAUAUGUAUGAUA